AUGUCCAUCGCCAACGACAACAUGUGGACCUCGACCACCAACCUCGAGGACUCCUCCCUCUUCACAACCGACCCCGCCUUCGGCCGGUCCACCGGCAGCGGCAUCUACACCUCCUACUCGGCCGCGAGCGGGAAGGCGAAGGUGGCGCGAGUAGAGGAGGGGUGGAGCGAGAACCGGGCCUGUCGCCAGCGGUUCGAGGAGACCUACCCGCUGGUACUCAUGAACCGACUUCACGAGGAGGACUGGCUGGCGAUCAUUCGCAAGGUCAACGAGUUCUGGGGGCCAAUAGUGGAGGAGAGUCACAAGCUGUGCAAGAUGGACGGGCUGCUGUCGUACACCAUCCUGUCGGUGCCCGUGCACAUGGCCAAGCAGAGGCGCCUCGAACACGCCAUCACCGCCGCACGCCGCCACAUUUGCUCCUUUCUCGACAAGCUAAAGCACAUUCGUAUGUGGCAGAUCAACGAGGACGUGCGGGAUGGUCACAUUAGCUUCGCGUUGAAGGACCAGGACGACCCGAGCGAGAGGUCCGGGGUCUUCAUCGAGGUCAAGCGCUACAAGAACCCGCGCAGCCACGACAGCCUCAUCGGGGACCACUUCGCCCUCGUCGGCUUCGGCGGGAAAGUCAAAGGCGAGGCCGCACUUCCUGAAGCGGGAGGAGAAGUGGUGAGCUCUCCUCCGCACCCCAAGUCACCCCGUGCUACAUCGCCCGACGCGCCGAGCUCCAAAAAUCGCAAGAAGCAUUCGCCGUCGAAGGUGGCCGCACCGCCGUCCAACUCGGCGGGCAGUAGUAGUGGGAGCAAGCAGCCACAGGGCCGGGCACGCAGCAGCACGACCGACAGCAGCGACCCCACGCGCCUCCAGCCACACCACCUGGCAGCCACGCGGCACCCGCAGCCGACGUUCUCCUACCAGCCGCCACAGCCCAUCCAGGGUCACCCGCACCCACAACUACAGCUCAACGGGCUCUACGCGGUGUCGCCCGGCCAAUUCUACCAACCGCCACUACAACUACAGCCGCAGCCUAUCAUCGUCACGCAACCACCCUUAAUGCACCCAAGCAGCCAACAACAACUGCAACCGCAACAGCUCGCCGCGCCGUUGGACCCGUGGGCGUUGAGCAUGGCGCCGCCGCAGCAGCGCCUCAGGAGCCAAUCUACGGACACGAGGCCCGCCCAGCGCGAUCUCAUCACCUGGUAA